AUGAAAUCCAUAAUUUCAAUAGCGUUUCUUCUUCAAGCAAUCAUCAACACUGUUAAUCUGGUCACAGCUCAAUUCCCCGCAGAGCCUGUCUUCAAAUGCAGAGACACAGGCAACUACACAACAAGGACUGAUUACAGCAGAAACCUCAAAGUCGCAUUGAAUACGGUCGGCAAUAUGGACACGUAUAAUGGCGGAUCAUUCAAUUCAUCCAUAGGCGUGAACGAAGCAGCACAUGUCAUGGUCCUUUGCUCCGGUAUUUCUACCCAUUGGGGUGGAAACUGUAAGGACUGUAUACACAAGUUGACCGUUCAACUUUCAAUCAAGUGCAUGGAUCAAAAAGAGGCUGUGAUGUGGGGUUCAAAUUGUAUGAUACAUUUCUCUGAUCGUAAAAUAUUAGGAGCUCUUGAUGAUUGGUCUCGGUUCACUUUACCAGAUAAUCAAAAAGGAAGUCUUGCGAACAAGCCAGCUGACUUAGACCACAUUAUGCAUUUUUUAUGCAUAGAUUAA